GCGUGCGCGUAAGAUUCAUAGGAUAGAGCUCGUCUGGUUCGCCCGCCCCCAAAUCGGGAAACGAGGGGGAGAACAAGAUAUCCGAUAAUUGAAGAGGCCAAUUUCUUCCAAAACCCUAGAAUUCGUCUUCCCCAGUCCUAAAUUUGAGAUCAAAUAUUCAUGACACUCGGUCCAUUUCGUUCUCGGAUCAAGUUCCUCGCUCGCAGUCGGCCGCGGUGAACCCUAGCCCGCCACUCGCUCGCUCUUGGGCGCGGUCUCGGAAGACGUUCUGGUGUCAGGCCAAGCAAGUGAUUGAAGAAUCUAUUUAAUCAGCAUGGUUUUUUCCUAUUAGUCACCGUUUUGAUGCUUAAAGAGUAUAUCUGUGCAAGUUAUGCAGAGUUAUAUGUCCUUGAAGUUAUAUAUUGUGUUGUGUGGGGUUAUUUUUGUAAACAAUUACUAUCUACUCUAUUAUCAAAGGUCUUGUUGCUGGGGUAGAUCAUUCAUUAAUGCCCAAUAUUGGAGUUCUGAACUUGGUGGAUCAGUUUUGUGACUUUGUUGUCAUUCAUUUUUUCUCUCUUCUCAUUUGCAAAGAGGUAUCCAUCGAUGUCAGAGAGCGAAAAGGCUAUAAUAAAGCCAGAGGUCAUGAAGUCAUUUAUCUGGCUCCAAUGUGCUGAUGGGUCAAUUCAACAAGUUGAAGAGGAGGUUGCAAUGUUUUGUCCUAUGAUAUACCGAGAGAUCCACCAGACAGGGAUGGGAUCUUCUAAGAACUAUGCUAUAUCUUUACCUGAACGUGUCAACCCCGCAAUUCUCAGCUUGAUAUUUGAUUAUUGCCGAUUUCAUCAAGUUCCAGGCCGCUCAAAUAAGGAACGGAAAUCCUUUGAUGAGAAAUUCAUCAGGAUGGACACAAAACGACUAUGUGAGUUGACUUCUGCAGCAGACAGCCUCCAACUAAAGCCAUUGGUCGAUCUUACUAGUCGAGCACUUGCUCGAAUGAUAGAAGGGAAGACACCAGAAGAGAUUCGGGAGACAUUUCAUUUGCCAGAUGAUCUUACUGAGGAAGAGAAGCUGGAGCCAUUGAAAAAUGUGAAUGAUGAUCCACGAAUUCGGUUGCUCAAUCGAUUGUAUGCUAAAAAACGAAAAGAAUUAAAAGAGCGGCAGAAAUUAAAGAACACUGAAGUAAAGGAAGAGAAGAAAGAUGAGCGUUCAGUUGAUGAAAUCUUAUCUUUUAUAAAUGGAGAUGAAGACUCUAAAGGAGUUAAAGCUAUUAAGAAUAAGAAAAAGAACAGGAAGAAGAAAGAUCUUCCAAAAGAUAUUUCCAGAAAUGACCCUGCCAAAGUGCACAAGAAGAAGGAGGCUACAUUUUCUCCGAGUCCAAGUCAAAGUUCAGAAGCACAGGAGAACGAUGAAGAUGCUUUUGCAUCAAAUGGUGAAUUUGAAGAUGGUGAUAUCGAUGAUGAGUUAGAUCCUGCAGUGAAGGAAGAACUUGAUAGAGAAGUGGAAGAUUUUGCCAGGAGACUAAAUUCUGAUUGGCCCGAAAGAAUGCAAGAAAUUUUGUCUUUUGGACAAGAUAGAAGGCUCGUUCCAAAUUUGAUGAACUCUAACGGUUCACUUAAGAAGUUCACAGGAUUGGACAGGAGAUAGUUGUUCUGCAUAAAAAUUCUACGCAAGGGUAUCUCCUUUUCCAGAAGAGUUGAAGGACCAACUUGGCCUAUACUUGCACUGCUUGCCAAAACCAUCUCAUGGGGAAGCAAGCAGGUGGCCUAGUUGAUGGAUGUGACAAUGCUUAUGUGAGAGCUUCUUGCAAUUGUAUGAGCCUUUGCCCUCUACCAGAUGACGGAAAUGGCUUUUGUUGCCCCUUUGGACCCUUCUUUGAAUUGACCUAGUUUCAAAUUUUGCUUGGCCUUUUUCUUUUUAAUGGGUGUAUAACAUUUUUAGAUGAUAGCUGAUGCCAUCAGUCUGAUCUGCCUAACUCGCUGCAGCUCAGUUUUAUUUAAGCUCUUGUGGAUUACUCCAUUUUGCCAAGACUCUAAACCGACCACAGCUGGAGUCCGGUUGAAGCGCUGCCGCAAGGGGCCAUGAUCCACCGAGGUGCCUUCGAGGGGAUGAGUGACCAUCCCUGGUAAAUGUUCAAACCUUUAGGUGAUAUAAUUUGUUCCACGAGUUAUAUACGGGAAAGCCACCCUGUUCCAAUCUUGUAUAAUUUGCUAUGUUGUUGGAUAUUAUUAUUUCUUCUAUGGUAAUUUUGUUUUGUUCUAGUCCAAUUUGUAGUUUCCCAGGCAUGUGAGACUCGGCGUGUAUGUACUUUCGACCACUUAUGAGCAUCACAGCUGCCUUUGUU